AUGCUGCACGCACUGUCUCUGUCCUUACGGCCCUUACUGCUCCUGAUGGCCAUGUCUACCCCUGCGCAUGCCUGGUCACGGCCCCUCUGGUACCAGGUGGGGCUGGACUUGCAGCCCUGGGGCUGCCAGCCCAAUAGCCUGGAGGGUUGUGGGGGUAACCUGGGCUGUCCUGGCCAUUGGAUGGGUCUGGGCAUGUCAUAUCACAUCUACCCCGUGGCUGGAGUCACUGUCACCACCACUAUGAUGCUGAUCAUCAGCCGAGUGAUGCUGAAGCGGCGACGUACAUUGGUCACCAAAGGCCAGCAUACACAGAUGGCUCCUGACUCCUGUGGACCCUGGAAACGGCGAACCCCGAUCUCAGACCACACCUUACUCCUGGGUGUCCUGCACAUGAUGGAUGCUCUCCUGAUUCAUAUAGAGAGCCACCUGCAGCGUCUAGCCACCCAACCGCAUAAGCAAAUAAAGGGGGCUCCCACCCAGAGUGGGGGACCCAGCACCUGA